CAACAAGCACAUCACCAUGUCGACAUAUUUAAAGCUUCAAAGGGGAAAACGAAAACAACACUUGACUUACACGCUUUUACCAAAUUUUGAUCACUUCGCCGGGAAAUCAAUCAGAGCUCUGGCACUCACUUUCGGAGAACACGAUGAAGAUCAACGUCAACUCCAUAGCUCGGAAAGUAGAGGUCGAUAAUCGGAUUCCUCUUCGCUACUACUAUCGAAUCGCUGAUAAUCUCCUCAGACAGGCUACUGUAUACCGGGAGGAGAAUAAUAUUGUUGAUUUGUAUAUCAUGCUUUUAAGAUUUUCAAGUUUGGUGGCUGAAACUAUACCAUGUCAUCGAGAUUACCAGGCUGUUCUUCCAAAAGAAAGAGGAUUAUAUAAGAAGAAACUGUUGAAUGUAAUGGAUGAGCUUGAAAAAAUAAAGCCAGAAGCCGAUUGCAGAGUGAGAGAACUUAAUGAGAGACAUUCCAGAGCUCAGUUGGCUCAGAUUGAUGGCCCAGAAAGGACUUUGUAUGGUUCCCAGACCUCUCUACAAGUACCUUCUGGAAACAAACAAUUGCCGAGUAUCAAUGUUAAGCAGUCUACAAGCAUGGCCUCACCGUCUUCCUGGAAUUAUAACAAUGAUUAUCCCUUGGUUUCAUCCAAUGAUAUGCCAAUUGAAAAGCAGUUCCAAAAGCUAUCUAUUAAAGUUGGUCGUCCAAAUAAGGAAACUUUGUCAAGACAUUCAUUUUUAGGUCCAAAUGGUCUUCGAGGCCAGUGGCUUGGACCAAGUACAGGGACUAAGGUUCAGUAUCCCAGCAGUACAGAUUUAACGCUUGCUGAAAUUCCUAUAGAUUCAGGGCUGAAUCAGGCUGGACAAAAUGAUUUGGCAGUAAAAGAUGACAAUUCAGGUGGAAUUCAAUCUUCAAUGGAUGCAGUGCUCUCUUUAAACGAUGGAAGAUGGCCGCAUCCAACUGAGGAAUUACGUCCUCGUCUGUUUAAUGAAGUGAGCGAGGAUAUUUUUCAGCUGAGUAAUAUCCAUCAACCAUGCCCACCCCCAGUUCUUGCUCAAGUACAGCAGAACAUUGCACCUAUUCCUCCAUCAAAAGUUGCAGAUCCAAGACCUGGUCCUUCAAAACCUUCUGAAGAUGGGAUACCCAAUUCUAAUUCAUUUCGACAGCUACAUGUUCCUGUAAGGUUGAUGGAGGACUUCUUGAGAUUAGCUCGAGCGAAUACAGCAAAAAACCUAGAGACUUGUGGUAUUCUUGCAGGUUCAUUGCAAAAGAAUGUUUUCUACAUUACUACAUUAAUAGUUCCUAAGCAAGAGUCAACUUCUGAUUCGUGUGAAACAUUGAACGAGGAAGAAAUUUUUGAAGUUCAAGAGAGAUUAGGUCUUUUUCCUCUUGGAUGGAUUCAUACACAUCCAACACAAACAUGUUUUAUGUCAUCUGUUGAUCUGCACACUCAUUACUCAUACCAGGUUAUGUUACCAGAAUCAGUUGCUAUUGUUAUGGCUCCCACAGAUGAAUCUAGUCCACAUGGCAUAUUCCACUUGUCGGACCCAGGUGGCGUGUCAGUAAUUCGCAACUGUGACCAACGUGGUUUUCAUCCCCAUGAGGAGCCAACAGAUGGAACUUCAAUAUAUGAGCAUUGCUCUCACGUCUUAAUGAAUCCGAGUAUGAAGCAUGAUGUUCUUGAUCUCCGGUGAAUUUUUGAAAAAUACAAUAAAAAACCAAAAUUGAAGAUUAUUUUCAGAAAAGAGAAGGUAAAUAUUUAUGAACAUCAGUGAUAGAAUGUGUUUUUUACUCUACGAAUACUGUAAAUUCAAUGGAGAUGUUACACUUAAUCCCUUGUGAAUAUUAAUUACCAGAUUGUUAUUACCAUUCGGCUUUGACAAACAUACAUCAUGAUGAGAUUCGAGAAUUUAAUAUUAAUUUUAUACUUUGUAA